GUGUUUAAAUUCCAGAUGUGUUUGGGGGCUGGGCUUACAUUGGAAAACGAAAGCGAAACCUCGGGAGUUUCCCGUGAAAGCAGCCGGAGUCUCCACUACUUAAGAGCCAGCAGCGCAAGCCGAUCGUUACGACUCACCACGAAGCCAAAGGUCGACCAUUUUCCAGGGAUGGCUCAUUCCAAACCUCUGCUCAUUCAGUGGCUAAGGACUCAGAUUGACAGCGGUACUUAUCCAGGUGUACACUGGACAAAUCAGCAGGAAACCGAAUUUUGCAUCCCUUGGAAACACGCUUUGAGACAAGACGCUUCUGAUACAGACAUUCUCAUCUUUAAGGCCUGGGCAAAGGUCAGUGGCAAUGGCCGCAUCCAGGGCGACGCCUCAGUGUGGAAGAGGAACUUCCGAAGCGCCCUGCGAGCAAAAAAGUUCAAGAUGAUCGCAGACAAUAAGAAUGACACUGCCAACCCUCACAAAGUGUUCCGCUGGCCAGACGACUCAUCUUCAGGAGACAAUUCCUCUGCUGGAUUCCUGAGCCAACACAAGCCUGAUUUGUAUGAGAGUCCCCCCUUACAAGAAAGCCAAGUAGUCCCAUUCUUGGAGGAUCUCUAUUGUGCAGAAGAAUCCAUCCCCAAUGAGGACAUUCUGCAGAGGUGUCUAAAGGGGCUCAACAUCGGGCCUCAAAUAGAGGACACUGCAGCCUUUGAGCUUCCUCCCGAGCAACAGGAGCUCCAGCAUCAGCUUGUGAUUGGCGGGCAGGCGUUGCCAGGGCAACAGUCGUAUCCAGUAGCUUUGGAGGGUGCCGUCAGCGAAGCCCGGUUGCCCGAGCAACCGGCGCAUCCAAUGGCGGGAGCCAUGGGAGGGGCGUGCGGGGGCCAAUUUGCGGUGCAAUUUCUAGACACUGUGAACAAGACCAAGGAGGGAAAUAAUUUCAAGACACAAUUCAGGAUAUCUGUGUACUACAGAGGGGAGAGGGUGUCUGAGCAGCUGGUUGAUAAUGAAGCUGGAUUCCGCUUAGUUUACAGGCCACAACUGAUGGAGCCCAUGUUGGACCAGGAGUCAGGGCUGUCUCUGGUCUCCCUGCCCAGUCCAACCACUAUUCGAGAUCAAACCCAGGCCAAGCUGACCCAGUGCAUCCUGGACAAGCUGGGCGAGGGCUUGGACUUGGGCGUGUCAGGCGACGUGAUUUACGGCCAGCGGCGAGGCGAAAUCAAAGCCUUUUGGAGUUUCUCUAAGUUCGACCAGAGCAGACAGACCCAAGAGAUCUCCAAGCUGCAGCGACAACCGCUUUACCAAUUCAGGGACUUUAUUCAGGGAAUUCUGGACUUUAUUGGAGGCAAAGAGUGCCGGCCCUGCUCUCUUUUCCUCUGCUUGGGUGAGAAGUGGCCUGAUCCAGAGGGCAGACCUUGGAACAAAAAACUCAUCGUGGUGGAGGUGGUUCUCACGUCGCUGGAGAUCUUGAAAAACCUGGCAGUUGAGGGCGGUGCUUCCUCCCUGCAGUCCGUCGAACUGCAGUUGUCGCUGGAAGAGAUGGUCAUAGGCUGACGGUGCACUUUUCCUUUCUCCUUGCUUUUUUAGAUUGCAAAAGUCACCAUGUUUACAAUUACUGAUAAUCAUUACAUAGCAUUUGCACAAACCUCGUGUUUUAAAAAAAAUGUUGUUUCCUUCUUGUGCCUCUGCAAUUAAGUAUUUAAUGUGCAAUGCAAAUUAUGAGACUGACAAUCAUUCUGUUCAUCGGCAUGUGUUUAAUCAUAAUAACCACUCGUCACAUUUCACACUUGACUGGAUGAUGAAUGACUUUCAACUCAAAUAAAUCAGGCCUUGUCCACAUGAAUACGGAUAUUUUGAAACCGCUUAUUUUUUCAUGGUUCUGAGCUUUUGGAAAACUCCGGCGUCAGCAUAUUCCUAUGGAUGUCAAAAACAGAGCUUUCGGCUUGUUGCUGACAGGUGACGUAACAAUCACUGUAUGUGCCUUUAUUACCACAUUAGAUAAGUAUAAUUGAAUGUGUGCAAUGGCUAACAUAACAUUGCUGCUUUCAAGCAUGCUGAAAUGACAUUUUGUGUGUAUAAGAGUAAACAUGCAUACUUUCGCUUGACAUUGACGAACAAAGGAUGCUAAACCGCUGCUGUUUUGCUCGCUAAACGGCUCUAACACCCUCGUCAACGAUGGCAAGUUUGGACAAGACCCGAUCGAACCUCUAGCUGGUGGACAACUUCUUGUCAUUUUGGAAGAAUGGUGUGGGAACGUUAGCAUGGCAAGAAGCUUGUGAUUGCGUUUGACUGAGCUGCGUCGCCUGCUAAUUGAAAGCUUCCCUGUUAUAUUUGCCUGCCUUGUUCUGCAUUAACUGUUUCGUGGAGGUAAGUAAACAAGGACAAUUUGCCAGAACACAAUUAUUUCAGCAAUGAUAGCGUCACAGCCGAAGGACCUUUUCUUGAUCAACACUGUAGUGAUAAUCAACAUCUGAUACAUUUUAAUAAAGAACAUGUUUCAUCCAUUUUCAGUUUUAGAUUCAAUAAACUUUGCUGACAAAUGUGUACUGAAAAGUAUCGCUACUUCACUAGCGGUCCACAUGUAGCUUCUACUGUACAUCGCCUUGUUUGUUACAUGUCUACGGAAAUGACGUCAUUUCCGUCUCUGAUUGGUUCAAAUCGCCGUAACAGACCAUGGCUGCAGCGCCCCCUUACUUUGUCAUGUGCAUGACAGCCUGCAUAUGCGUAUUCAUGUGGAUAAGAAUAGUUUUAAAACGUCACCGUGUGGAUAGAGAUUGUUGUGACACCAGAGAGGGGCAGAUGUGCGUUUUUGAAAAUAUCCGUAUUCAUGUGGAUAUGACCUCGCUCAUUAUAUAAAGGGCAGCUUUCCAACGAGGCUUGGAGCGUGCAUAGCCACACCUAAAGUGACGCCUUCAAAUGUGUCAUCAGGAAUUUGCAGUGAACGUUUCCAAUGUUUUGUCACAUGAAAGGAAUACUGUAGUUUAGGGUCUAGGUUCCAUUGGUGUACGCCAAUUGUCAUAGGGGGUAUGUGGGAAAAAAUAAAUUAGCGUCGAACACUCACAAUUACAAGUGCGCCUGAACGUCUCACGGCGCAAGGAGAACGUAGCAGAAAGGAGACAGAGCAUGAAGUUGUUCAUUUUUCUGUGUGCAUUAUAUGAACAAAUAAGUUUGAUAAUUAUUUUGUGCAUUAAGAGUGUUUUUAAGCUUGAAGAUUUAAUUUAUAUUGGUGUUCAAAUCCUUGCACAGCGCAGCGGUGAAAACCUGUCACUGUGAGUGGGGAUUCCCCCUGAAAAUGAACGCUCUUUUUUAUUUCAGCAUGACUGUGAAUUUUGGAGCCCAUCAAACAUGUCCCAAUAUUUAUGUCCAUAUAGUGUUGUCCAAUAUAAUAAAAAAUAAAUAAAAUGUAUCCUGUAGGGACAAAUAAAAUUAAACCCGUUUUAAAAACCUUGUGCCUGUGUGACGUCUCUCUAGGUUUCUCCACCAUUUAUGACAAAUACAGUAUUUGAGCAUUAAAAGUUAAAUAAAUAAAUAAAUAAAUAAAUCGAUAGAAUGGACUUCAUUGAUUUGAGCCGUUCUCUAUUUCAUCUGUGUCUGACGCCGACUCUUCCGUGAGGCU